AUGGAUCGUACUGAUCCAAUGCUUCAGCUCGACGAUGCACCGAACGCUCUUCCGAUUCAAGACGUCCCUGGGACUGUGACUCCCGUUGCAGAAACUAUCAUCAGACCGUCGGAACUGGCAGAAGCGAAGAUGCAGGAGAACCAGGAAGCGGAGACGUUACAUCAUGAAUCGAUCGCGAAUGCACUGAUGCAGCGGAUCGAGGAGAUGAGUCAGGCAGACCAUGGAGCAACUUUGCGCAUUGAAGAACUGGAACGACAACGAGAUUUUCUGAAAGAGGCGAUGAGACACAUCAACCAAGUGCACAUGAGCUCUCGUGGAGAGUACGAAUUGGCUGUAUUCAAGCUACAAGAAGCAAGCCAACAGCAACACGUGCGAGAUCGGGAAGCCAAUGAACCGCCACUGAUGCAACUGAAUCACCUUCGACGUGAAGCAGCCACUGGAUAUGUCCAAUAUGAAGAACGAGCACAGGGCGAAGGGCUGAACAUGGCUCGCGAGUACGAGAAUCUCGCGAAUGAGUUGAACGAGAUGGCCAGAGAGAACAUGCAACUCAAAGCAGCUGGGUCCUGUAGCGAGGUUGUCGUCCAGAAGAUGAAGGACAAGCUUCAGGCAGCGAAAGAAGAGGGACUCUACGUUGCGAGUGAGAUCCGAGUGGAGGUCGAUGACGUGAAGAUGGGCAUACUUCGAGAACAAGACAUGGCAUUGAGACAGAGAGCUGAGUACAACAUGGCACAUGAUCGCCUGGUACAACACUUGCGGCGUGAGGAGGAGAUGCAAUCUGCAGUCAGGCUACAGAUGCAAGACGCCGAGAUGCAACUACAAGCACGCUUCACUGAAUGCCAAGCUCUUCCUGCUAUUCAGUCGCAAGUGAUGGAACUUCGCCAGAAGUUGAAGCUGAAGGAAGAGAUGUAUGAGAAGGUGAGGAGUGAACUGGAGUUGCAACGAUGCAUACCUCUUCAGCUGAGUUCUCAAGCCCCGAGCUUGCCUUUGUCUUCGAAGACGUCUGAAAGCAUACAUCAGUUUGGCAUGAUGUACACGAAAUCCCCGUUCGUGACCCAUUGGUUGAUAGCGGAGGACGUGCGUAAUGCAGACGCAAGAUCAGUGGGGCAGCCGUUUGUGCCAUCGGCGUCUCGGCCAGACCCAUCCAAUGGAACGCAGGCCAUUCAGGAAGAUCGGAAGAAUGUUGAGAAAGACUACAUUGCACCGAUGGUUGAGCUUCGAGUUCUACUACAACAGGCCCAGGAGAAUGAACGUCGACUUCGAGACGAACGAAAUGAGUGGCGACAAACCGCUGUGUAUCUCCAAGAGUUGGCUGACCAGGAACAAGGUGACGACGAAGAGGACGACGAGGAAUGUGACUCGAGUGUCCACCCCUCGGACUGUCCAAAUGGAGGAAGCGGCCCACCAGAUAGCCCAAGCCGACGCGGAGCUGACCCUCCGAAGACGCCGAAAGGACGUGAUGUUCCGGGUGAUGAACCGCCUGAUCCUCCUCCACCUGGUGAUCCAGAUGGUAGAGAUGAUCCGGAAAUCACAGAAGUCAAGAUUUCUCGUCGAGAAGCCGACAAAGUUGUUGUCCCGCCGUUCCCGAGGGCGUUGAAUGAAUCUGGACAUAUCAAGUUCAAAAGCAUUGAUGUCAAGCUUGCAGCCGCUAUGGCUAUGACAUCCCUGUUGAGGACAGCAGGUGAUCAAGCAUCAGAUUUGCUUUUCGAAGUCAUCCGCAAAGCCGACCAGUAUGUCAGGUCAUCCAGUUGGAAGAUCAUCAAAGGUCGGCAGAUCAUCGCGAUGAUGUAUGAAAGCUUCCGAACACGAGACCGAUUGGACUUGAUUGUUACUCUCGAACAGACUCGAACACCUGAUCAAGUUACAGUAAUAUCACGCAUGCGACCCGAGGAUGUCCCAUCGGAAACAGCUCUUCGUGACGCUCUACACAGCAAGAUCAACCAUUCUCCCACGCUGAAGAUGGAACUUCUCGUCCAUGACGACAUGUUGCCCUACGAUCAUCAAGGCAGGACAUAUCAAAAUCUACUUGGUGUGAUUGAUCGGUGCGUUAUGAGACAACGUGAGAACAAGAAUCAGGCGCAGACGCAUCAUGGACUACGCCAGAUGAUCGAAGGCAAGGACAACUUGGCGGCUCCAGCCAACACAGCAAACAAGGACAACGAGAAGGAGAGCGCUACACCAGCGCCAAAGAAAGGAGCGAAGAGCAAUACGAAGAACGAGGAAGCUGCUCCCGUCCUGCCACAAAGCAAAGCGAAAGGUCAUGCCAAAGCGAAGCACAAGGACAAGAGGCAGAAGGACAAGGAUAGGUCACAGUCGAACGACGACAAAAAGGGUGAAAGGAGUUUGGAGCAUGGUCGAUGCAACUUCUUCCUCUCCGAGCGUGGGGAAUGCCCAAAUGGAGAUCGAUGUCCGUUCAGUCACUCCAAGAAGACACCUCCGUCACGGGGACGUGACGGGUCACGAUCGCCUGGUCGAUCAAGAUCGUCGAGCCAAUCUACAAGUACGAAGCACAAGGUAUGUUAUUUGUUCAAGAACACUGGCUCUUGCAGAAGGGAAAAUUGCCCUUUGCACACGUCAGCGAUUCUGCUCCAGCCAAAACAGCAGAGGCUAAGGCAAAGGCCAAGGUCGAAGCAAAAGCCAAAGCAGAGCCAAAAGCCGAAGCAAAGGGAAGAGCCAAAGGAAAGGCAAAAGCUCAGCCAGCAGCUCCCGCCAUUCGACUAUUUUUGUCGAGCUUGGAAUCCACUUGCGCCCGCCGUCAGAAAGAGGGCAGUCACCUACGACGACGAGGAGUCGGAUUGUUCAUCUCUGGACAGCGACGCGGAUUCUGACUGCUCAACCGAGGAUGAAGCUGAAGGUGUGACUUCGUCGACCUCUUUUCAUUCGAAAGGUAAAAGGGUACAGUAUCCUUUUCCGACUCAGUGCGAUUUCAGUCGUACAAAGGGAGAGGGGGAAAAAGUAAAGCCGGUCAACGUCAAUGCCAUCAUCGACAGUGACGAUCGGGCAGCGGAGUUGGGUUUUGCGAAGCACAUUGCAAGAAUCAAGGAUGAUCUUGGAUAUGAUUCACAACGAUGA